AUGAAAAGAUCUAGAGACUUCAGAGAGCUCAGCAUGUUCAGAGGCAUGGAAGUAGUUCAGUCAGGUGAAGGAGUGGUGAAGGAUGUGUCAAAUAUUGCUAGAGCAGGAGACAGCAUGCAAUGCUUGCAGACCAUGGGAAAGAGUGUAGAUUUUAUUCUGAAGAGCCAACAAGAUCAAACUUGCUUUAGCAAGAUCACUCUGGCUGCAAGGAGUGUACCAGAAACAGGGGAACCAAGAGUGCUAUUGAAUGCAGUAAGACCGAACACUGUGCCUUCAAUUAAGUUGCAGAGUUCUGAUGGAGAGAUAUUUGAAGUUGAUGUGGAAAUUGCCAAACAAUCUGUGACUAUCAAGACUACCAUGCUGGAAGAUUUGGGAAUGGAUGAUGGAGAUGAUGACCCAGUUCCUCUACCAAAUGCUAAUGCAGGAAUAUUAAUAAAGGUCAUUCAGUGGUACACCCACCACAAGUAUAAACCUCUUCCUCCUGAGGAUAACAAAGAAAAGUGAACAGAUGAUAUCCCUAUUUGGGACCAAGAAUUCCUGAAAGUUGACCAAGGAACACUUUUUGACCUUAUUCUGGCUGCAAACUACUUAGACAUCAAAGGUUUGCUUGAUGUUACAUGCAAGACUGUUGUCAAUAUGAUCAAGGAGAAAACUACUGAGGAGACCUGCAAGACCUUCAAUAUCAAAAACGACUUCACUGAAGAGGAGGAAGCCCAGGUACGCAAAGAGAACCAGCGGUGCAAAGAGAAGUGUAAUGUUGUGUCUGAUGCUGUAAGGAUUGUUCCAAUACCAGUUGCACUGCUCUGCUUAUCGCUGUUAGUACUAGACAAACAGUAG